AAAUUUUUUGCUGUGACAGUUUCACCUGAAGACGGAAGCUUGUGUUGCCUCCGAAACGUCGUGAUUUUAUUGUUUUUAUUUUUUUAUUAAUUUUAAUUUCAUUUUUUACCUACGUGACUUUACCGAAAGAACUAAGAGUAUGAAUCCUUGCAGUCACGAAAGCUUCAAAUCUACAUGUUUCACGGAACCACAUUUUACAAACUGCAGACUCUUUUCACUUAUUGGCCAAGACAUUGUCUUCAACGUUGAAUUACAAAUGACCACACAUUGUGUAAUUUUUGUUAAACAAGCAUCCCAGACUGGAUUUCGUCAUGUCUUUCAAACAAGCCCAGUGCCCAUCUGCAUCUCGCGGUGAAGAUGAGGAGCCAUGGGAGACAUCAUAAUAAUAAUGUCGGAGCCUGUGACGCUGAACGUGGGCGGACACCUUUACAGCACGUCGCGCGCCACGCUCACGCGCUACUCGGAUUCCAUGCUGGGCGCCAUGUUCAGCGGGGACCUGCCGACUGCGAGAGACGCGCAGGGGCACUACUUCAUCGACCGCGACGGGCCGCUCUUCCGCUACGUGCUCAACUUCCUGCGCACUUCAGAACUCACCCUCCCGCAGGACUUCAAGGAGAUUGAUCUCCUACGAAAGGAGGCUGACUUUUAUCAAAUAGAGCCGCUCAUCCAGUGCCUCAAUGAGCCAAAGCCCCUUUACGCGUUGGAUACUUACGAGGAGACAGUGGAGCUGGCAAGCACUCGCAAGCUCAGCAAGUACUCGAACCCAGUGACGGUGAUCAUCACGCAGCUCACCAUCACAACCAAGGUGUUUGCGUUGCUCCAGAGUAUCGCUGGAAACUUCACGCGCUGGAACAAGCACAUGAUGGAUACGCGCGACGCCCAAAUGUCUUUCACGUUUGGGCCGUGUGAUUAUACGCAAGAAGUGUCGCUGCGCGUGCACCUGUGGGAGUACAUUGCACGCCAGGGGUUUUCUCUGAGAUGCUCUCGCGUGCACCACAUGAGUGAGCGCGCCAAUGAGAACACAGUCGAGCACAACUGGAGCUUUUGUCGCCUGGCGCGGAAGAGCGACGAUUGAUCGUCGCGUUGCAUCUCGUGGCCGGGUGAAUUUUCCACCACCUUGUCCCGUUUGCACCUCCUGUGAGUUUAGAUGUCAGGACUCGUACCAGUGAGUGUAUGCCGUGAAAUUACAAACGUUACACGUCGCCCAUCGCUCCUACUUUUUUUUUUACCAAAACACCUUUCCCGUGGGCACAAUGUCUUGUCCUUGAGCAAUGAACAUGGACACCGGGUUUUCAUGCAGGCCCCGGUGGGCUGAUAUAACUAGACCCUCUUGUGGCCGCUAACAACACGUACCCCAGCAGUGUAUGACUAUUGGGGGAUCUUUAUUUCGUGACAUCCGGUUUUAGCCUCGUAGCCCACGAUUUUCAGCGAACGCAUAAUCAGACUGGCAUAGGGCAGGAAGAGCUGGUACAAUAGGAUUCGAAGUGGUAUGUUUCGUGUAUUUGGGAUGAGAGGUUAUAUAAUGUGCUUUGGGAUGCUGGGGUUAGAUGUUAAUCGGCAACACGCCCAGCCACCCUGUGCCUUCCCAGUGGUGAUGUUUACACACCACACCAGGGGCUCUUAUCAGGUCGAGCAACCUCUGGAAGGCCCACAACAGAAUCGGGAUCGAACCCAUGCUGCCAGAAUCAUAAUGGUUUCCUCCGGUAUCAAGACAUAUUAACAUCUUCUUGGUUCUUUCGAUAAAGUCACGUAGAAUGGAAAUAAAAAUAAAGUAAAACAAUAAAAUAAUAAUUCUAAUUAUUUUCUUAUGUUGAAUUUUAUUAUUAUUUUAUUAUUUCCAUUCUACGUGACUUUACCGAAAGAACCAAGAAGAUGAAUCCCUGCAGUCACGAAAGCUUUAAAUCGAAAUAUUCACAGUGUUAAUGCAGUACACAACUGCACCACCACGCCAUACACUGUUGUAGUAUGUGUAUGUUUGGCGAGUGGGAUUCUCGUAUCCAACCAGUGAAGAAUAUCUGAAGCAGCCCUGGGCCUCUCCUAGGUCGACUCAGCCUUAAAUGAGAACUUGGGAUCGUGUGUAAACAUCACCAUUGAGACAAAGGUGUCCAGUCGUGGUGCUGGCAACCCAGCCUCCCUUGGUGCUGCUAACAGCAUUUGCCCCAGCAGCCUGUGGAGGAGGCCGUCUGUAAAUGACGUCACGCACCUGGUGGGGGGGUCAUACAUUUGUGACGAUGUGUGACAAGGGGGGAUGGGUUUGAGAAAUGUGACGUCACAUCAAAAUGCGCAACUUUAAAUAAAUAUAGACAACACGUUCUACUAAAUCACGGUAAAUAGACUUUUAAUAAAUGUUUUCUCCUACAAUAGAGUGCAGCGCCGCAGAGUUUUGUGACGUCAUAUUUGAGGGGGGGGGGGGUCUGACUU